AAGAGAGGCUGCCCUUGAUAACGAUAUUCUGGUUCCAAGCGUGAGGAUGUGUGUGGCGUAGGAAUUGAUGUUUUUAUUUAGACGGUUUGCUGUGUUCUCUGGGCUUGCACUUCUGUGGGUUUGUUUCCACGCGGGGAGGAGCCUUCGCCUUGGAGUCGGUUCACCGGCCUCAGGAGCCCUGGUUCAGUGGAAGAUCUUCAGGGUUCACCACAGCGCAGAACAACAGACGGGAUGGUCCUAGAGGGCCGCGCAGUAUGCUCAGAGUAGAUUGAAGUCAGGUCCGUCUGUGAGGGAGGGUCCUGAUGGCGUCCCACCCUGAGAGGGGGGUGGUCCCGGCGCUCCUCUGCACCCUGUGUAUCCUCAGAGUGGUCACACUCCUCCUUGUCUCCGGAGCGCUCAGCAUGGAAGAGAGCAGACAUGAGGUGGUGAUGGAGCUCCAGGGAGCGAACGUCAGCCUGACCUGCUCCAACAAGACGUGGUCAGAGCUGUUCUACGUGAUCUGGAGGAUCGCCGCGGGCCAUAGUCCGUGUGAGAUCCAGCAGAACGACGAGGGAGAUAACCGUAACACGUGCAAAGGAGGCGUGGCCCUCCUCAACACGUCCAGCGGUCAGCCCUACCUCCUCAUCCCCCACUUCUCUCCCCGUCACGAGGGGCUGUACCAGUGUGAGGCCUCCUACUUGGGCAUGGGAGACUACCGCAACAUCAGCCUGGUCCUGUCUGUGGCCCCCCGUGUGAGUGCCUGGCUGGAGUGGGCUGGCUCGAGCCGUGUGGCCCUGUGCGUGGCGGAAGACGGGAAGCCCGCGGCCACGCUGUCCUGGAGGAACACCGGGAACCUGACCGCCAACACCACGACGACGCAGGGACCCCCUGGAGCCUCGGUCACCGUGAGGAGCACGCUGGAGCUCCCAGGAGACGGAGCGGGUUGGGAGGGGGUCCGCUGCGUGGUCGCCCACCCGUCCUUGGAGAGAGAGGUCACCAUGAGGCCGGCGGACUCAGGACGGGAGGCGGGGAGGGGCCUCUGGGUGGUGCUGCUGCUGAGCGCUGUGACGGUCCUCGCUACGCUGGGAGCGCUGUACGUCAGUCGGAACCACCUGACUGCACUCAGGCGCUGCUGGCGGUCGGUCUGCAGGUCGAGCCCAGAGGCCCCGCCCCUAGAGGCCCCGCCCCCAGAGUCUGUCCUCGUCGAUGACCUCCAGCCCUACGCCUGUUAUCAUCAGAGAGUCAACCCCCUCUACGUCUCAUCUGCAGAUCUGUUGAAAUGAAACACACACACACACACACACACACACACACACACACACACACACACACACACAAACACACAUAUUGAAAUGACUCACUCAGUGUGGGUUGAAUAUGAAACCUAAGGAACACCACAUUCAUUUUCUAUUCAAAUGACUGUCGUUGUCACUUGCGGCAAGUGUUAUUUAAUGAAAAGUAAGUGGAACUAACAAAAAUGAUUUCUGAUAUGAAUAUUGACAUUCUGUAGGAAAAACCUAUCAAAAUGAAAAUGUUAAAUGCGUCAAUUUGUAUUAAUCACGUUAAAACAAGAUUGCGUUAACGCGUAAUUAACGCGGUGACUUGCCCAGCCCUAUUAUAUUUAUAUAGACAUAAACACCUAUAUAUAUUAAUAAAGAUAUAUAUAAUAUACACUAUAUAUAUAUAUAUAUAUAUGUGUGUGUGUGUGU